AUGAUUCUCCUUAGUUGGAACUCUCGUGGGCUUGGGAAUCCACGAAGAGUUCGAGUUCUCGCUGACUUAGUUAGAGAGGAAGAUACCAAGGUCUUGUUCUUACAGGAGACCAAAUUGCAUGCAAGAGCAGCAGAAAAAUUAAAAUUUAGAUUGGGUUUUGAGAAUUGUUUGGCAGUAAGUAGUGAGGGGAGGAGUGGUGGUUUGGCCCUGUACUGGAAAAAACAGGUUAAGGUGGUUAUUAAGAAUUAUUCCAAAAGUCAUAUUCAUGCUUCCAUCCAUGACGCAAUUGAGGAGGGGGAAACUUGGUUUCUCACUGGGAUUUAUGGACAACCUGAGGCUCAUAGGAGGCAUGAAACUUGGGAUCUUAUUAGGUCCUUGAAAUUACCACAAGAUCAAGGUUGGCUUCUGAUUGGAGACUUUAAUGAGGUUCUGAGCAAUCACGAGAAAAGUGGAGGAAGAGAGAGUUCAGACAGACAGAUGCAAGCUUUUCAAGCUGUAGUUGAUGAGUGUGAAUUAAUGGAUCUGGGCUUUCAGGGUAAUCCAUUUACUUGGUGUAAUAAUAGAGAAACUGACCAAUGCAUUAGUGAGAGACUUGACAGAUGCUUGGCUAGUCUAAAAUGGAAGGCCUUCUUCCCCAUGGCUAAAGUUAUUCAUGGUACUACAACUUAUUCAGACCAUACCCCCAUUAAGUCACAUGUGCAUUUUGCAAGUGUCCAGAGGAGGGGAAAAAGACCAUUUCGUUUUGAGGCUAUGUGGGUGGAGGAUAGUAGUUGUCAAGAGGUCAUCAAGGAAGCUUGGCUGGACAGUGCUGGGGAAAGAAGAAUGGAAGGGGUGAUGAAACAAAUUAGUAGAUGCGGUGAAAAGUCAGAAAGGUGGAACAAGAACAGUUUUGGGCAUGUGCAGAAAAAUCUGAAAAAGGCUAAGCAGAAGCUCCAGAAUGUUCAAGAUGCAGAUCCUAAGAGUCUUAAUAGUGAGGCUAUUAAGAAUGCUAGAUCAUAG